GUGCAAUGUCGCCGCACAGCUGCUUCCUCUCACUCUGCAAACACCCCACACAAACGUGCAAUUACUAUUAUUCAUAUUCACAAUAUUACACGCGUUAUGGACGUGUGUGAAGUUACAGACGUUAGGAAGAAAAGAAAGAGGAAGAGGAGGAGUAGAGUCACAGAUUCGAGGAGCAUGGGGGUGAAGAAGAUUGAGGAGCAAGUGCACCACCUCGCCGUAAGGAAGCCAUCAAGCAGAGGCACAUCACCAUUCCCCAAAAGGCAAGGACUCGGAGUCUCCGAGAGGAAGUGCCCACAAAUGGGCCGCCUGACGUGGAAGAGAGCACCCUGGUUGCUUACUCGGAAGAAGAACUCAGUGGUGCGGCUGAAUGAGCUGCAACCCGGUCUUCGCUACGACACGGUGUCGCAGACCGGCCCGCCACACGCCCCCGUGUUUGCGGUGGCCGUGGAUGUGAACGACCUCCGCUUCGAGGGCAGUGGACCCACGAAAAAACAGGCCAAGAUGAGGGCGGCCGAGCUGGCUCUCAAGUCCUUCGUCCAGUUCCCCGAACCAGGCUUGGAGGGUAUCAGGAGCACCGAGACCGAGUUCACAAAUGAUCGACUGGAUCAGUCAGAAAUGUUCUGCGCGGAGGGCACAGAGAGUGAAAACUGGACCUGCGUCUUGGAGAAGGACGUGUUGUCGUGCAGCCGCAGUCCAUCCAAUGCAGGGGGAGCGGUCAGUACCUGGCUUUUGAGGCGGCUUGGUCCAGUGGGGUUGCUCGGUGAACUGCGACCAGGGCUGCGCUACUUUUGCCUGACAGAGCGACUUCACGGCCGGCCAGAUAGGAGUUUCAUCGCGGCAGUCCGGGUAGAGGGGCGGAUGUUCGAAGGCUGCGGUCGCAGUAAAAGAGCCGCCAAGGCCCGGGCGGCGGCCGCCGCUCUGUGCUCGCUCUACGACAUCGGUGUGGGCCUCGAGAGGAACGUGAUGGGCCUCCAAGGGGACAAACAGCAACUACCUCAGUUUUUUGCAGAGUCCAUCUUCCAGCUGGUGAGACAAAAAUACGAGCAGCUAAUGGACCAAAGGCUCACUACGCACAACAUGGCCGCUUUCAUCAUGACGACAGGAUUUGAGGCGAACUCAGCCGAGGUGGUUUCCAUGGCAACGGGGACCAAGUGUUUGGACUGGGAUGCCAGUUGUCACGACGACAGGGUGCUGCGCGACUGUCAUGCCGAGGUUGUGUGCAGGAGGGCGUUGUUGCGAUUCUUAUACGCUCAGCUGGAGAUGCUCCUUAUAUGUCCUCCAGAUGAGGCUGAUGCAGGCUCGGUGUCCAUUUUUGAACCAGCGACUGGUCGCCGCGGGGUCUUCAGGCUGCGAGACCACGUUGGAUUCCACAUGUUUGUCACCUCGUCACCGUGUGGAGAUGCCAGACUCAACUGCCCGUAUGAAAACUACGCCUCACCCUCCAUGACGAUGUCCGCGUUGCGCUGUGGCCUGAGGACGAAGGUGGGCGGCGGACAGGGAACUUUGCCCGUCACAACUCGGCCAGCCAAUCAGAAGGCGGCAGGAGUGUCGGCGGGUAGACCUCGAGUCAGCAUGUCCUGCACAGACAAAAUAGCAAAGUGGUGCGCAGUGGGCCUGCAAGGGGCGCUGUUGUCUCACCUGGUGGAGCCUGUGUACCUUCACAGCUUGACGGUGGGAACGUUGAGCCACACGGGCCACCUGCAACGCGUCCUGACUCGCCGACUGGCCCCAAAUAAACGCUGCGCCGCACCCUAUCGACGCAAACCGCCGCUACUCGCAUGUCUUAACAUGGGGGAGCGUCACGCAUGUGGGACUUCAUCUCGGGUCAGCAUAAACUGGAGCAGCGGUGACGGCGACACAGAGGAGCUCAGCACCUCGUCAGGGUUGUGUAACCUCUGCGGGACACCGUCCAGACUCAGCGGCCGUCGUUUUUUCACCCGCUGGCAACGUCUGCGCAGGCGGUUGAACGAUUGGACGCCAGAGGACAUGCUGAGGACGCACGACGCUUGGAAGCGGGCGGCCGGUCCGUACCAGAAGGCCGUGCGGCAGUUCGGCGAUGCCGUGCGGGACGCGGGUCUCGGGGUGUGGAGCAGGAAACUUACGCAAAGCGCUUAGAGCAACGACGUGUAAUAUGAACAUCGUUAUGAAAACAAGUACAAGUCGGACUCGCAGCUGUGAGGUUCUGGGUUCAAAUCUGGGCACCAGCCUUCCUGUGUGGAGUUUAUUUACAUGAUCUCUUUGGACUCGCCUGUUUUUUUUCUCCCACAUUCCAAAUACAUGUUAGCAUGUUUGCGUCAUGAAAGACCAACAGAAUUUGUAACAGAAUUAAUUGUAGAUUUUAAACAAAUUGUAUAUAUAUAUAUAUAUAUAUAUAUAUAAACUUGUCCGACUUCUUCUUCAAAUUCUUUUUCUUUGCUUAAAGUGCACGGUUAAAGUAUUUUGCCAAGCUAGCUCAGUGAAACACAACAUUUAGUCAUAGGAAACUCAUUAAUAUUUUACUGUAAAUGAACAUGCAAUUAAUGAAGCUGAGUUUGUUUUCAUGUCCUGUUAUCAAAUGUCAACAAAAAUCUGCCAGCAUCUUAUUGGAAGUAUUAAAAAAAGAAUAUUGCAUGUUAUUCAUAUUACACCUAUUCAACAAAAAUGCCCAUAUUUGAAUAUUUAAAUGGCUUUGUUUAAAAAAAUAAUUUUUUUGGGGGGGGGGCAGUGUCCAUUUGAUGUGACUGAACUUGUGUCCAAUACAUUUGUACUUUUGGUUUUAUUACCCUAUAUUAUUACCGAGUACUACUAUUUGAAAAGUGUGACUGUAUGUGAACUUGGUAAAUGGUUUGUCAUGAGGAGCUGGUGACUUCAAGAGGAAAAGAUCAUGUACUCGAUCAUUUAUGGCUCUUUAUUUGUAAAAGGUGCAUUGCUGAAAUGUCGAAAUGUGAUGUUAAUAACACUGUACAUUUUUUACCUUUGUAAUUAACAACCAAAAGCAAGUUAUAAUUGUGCAAAAUAAAUUUUAUAAAAUACUUAACCAUACAUAUGGUAUGUUAAUAAUAUACAA